AUGUCAGGAGAGGGCAACGGUGGUGCUGCAGGCACCUCAUGCCACAUAGACUCUGAGUUUCGCUACACCCUCUUCACUGUCUUCUACAGCCUCAUUUUCAUCAUGGGCUUUGUCGCCAACUGCUACGUGCUCUGGAUUUUCAGCCRCAUUUACCCCACCAAGAAGCUCAGUGAAAUCAAGAUAUUCAUGGUGAACCUGACGGUGGCUGACCUGCUCUUCCUGGUGACCAUGCCCCUGUGGAUUGUUUACUAUCACCACCGUGGAAACUGGAUCAUGCCGGGGUUCCUCUGCAGCGUAGCUGGCUGCUUAUUCUUCGUCAACACCUACGCUUCUGUGGCCUUCUUGAUGGUCAUCACGUAUAACCGGUACCAAGCUGUGACUAAUCCCAUUAAGGCUGCUCAGUUCACCACGCAGAGAAGGGGUAUCUACUUGUCGGCAUCUAUCUGGAUUGUAACAGUGGGCAGCUCCUUAUAUUAUCUUUUUGAUGAUAAUACUAACGAGGAGAAAAUCGGCUCGAUGAAUUUUACCCGGUGCUUUGAGUACUACAGCAACUCUGCUAGUAGCGUUCCAGCUGUUCUCGCCAUUCAUGUGAUCAUCUGCGUCCUUUUCUACGUAAUUUUCCUGUUUAUCUUGGGCUGGAACAUCAUUAUCAUCAGGACCCUCUUUUCGAAGUCCAUGCAGCAGCGGAAGAGCGCUCACGUCAAGCAGAGGGCCCUCUGGAUGGUUUGCACGGUGCUGGCUGUGUUCAUCAUCAGCUUUGUUCCUCAUCACCUGGUGGACCUGCCCUGGACCCUCACUGUUCUGGAACAGUGGCAGAAGCACAAUUGUCCCUUGCGCCAACAGCUCAAUGACGCCCACCAGGUGACUUUGUGCCUCUUGAGUAUGAACUGUGUGUUGGACCCGAUCAUCUACUGCUUUCUCACCAAGAAGUUCCAGAAGCAUCUUUCAGAAAACCUGAAAAGCAUGAAAGGGAGCCGCAAGUGCUCCCGGCAAACCACAGACACGAUGAUUGACACCGUGCACCAGGAGGAGGCCAUCGGGAUGUAGCGCUGCCUUGUGCUGACUGCAGAGCCUGAGAUACGUGAAUCAGUCACCCGCCUUUUCUCAGGACGAUGCAGCAAGGCAUGCAACAAAGGACCAGGACCUUACAUUACCCUUUUUUUUUUCCUUUUCCCCUCGCCAUUCUAAGGAAGAAUGAGCACUCACACUCACUUCUUCUAUCCGAUGUAAUUGGCAGAACUGGAACUUGUCAUAGGCUGGCACAAAAGUACCUUCUGUCUUGGCUGGUUCUGUGAGCAUUGAGAGCAGCGCAAUCUGCUUCUGUGUGAAUGAAAUCUGCCCCUGACCCCUCCAUGUGAUGGGCUGGAGGGUGAUUGCACUGCAGAUAGCAGUUGUGUCAGCACGGGCAGAGCAGUCCCUGCUCCUUUGCGUGCUCAGCAUCCAUGAGGAACGCGGUUACAGAGCUAUGGGAUCUGCAGGAUCUGCACGGUGCCUUUCCUGAGCAGCCUGCAUGGCUCUGCAGAAAGCCUGAGCUGGGGAGGUGUGGGAAUAGCUGGAAGGGACCUAAUCCAAGGAGCUCCUCAGGAUGCUGUCAUGAUGGCAUCCCUGGCUCCUACUCUGUGUAACCUGCAGGGUCCAUACGUGGUGUAUUGUGAACGUUUGCCUCUGCUCCCAGCUCCUGAAUCAGAGGCAAGAAAAGGAAGAGAAACUGGCAGUGCCUGAGGACUCAGGCCCUGUCUCCAAAAAGGCACCAUGCCUGGAGGGCACUACUGUCUGCCCUGGCUUCCUCAGUGGUGGCAAAUGGACAGGCAAGGGCCUCCGGCACGCAGAAAUUCAGGUCGUAAAUUCAGAAAUUUUCAGCCUGUUGUAGAUCCAAGCUCACUUUGCAGUCUCCAGAUAAUGGGAGAGUUGGCUGCGUGGGCACUAAGCA